UUAGAAGGGGGCAGUUAAACUCCUCACUCCAGUGGCUUUCACCCUCACCCUGAAGCACCUUAGCACUGUUGCCUGCAAACCCCCGAAGGUUGUCUUUGCCCCAGAUGGAGCCCAAAGGUGCCACUGGGAAAGAAAACAUGGGCACCAAGAGAAAGAACCUGACCUUCUUGAGGCCCAGGAUGUAUAUGCUGGAGAGACGGAAGACUGACACUGUGGUUGAGAGCAGUGUUUCUGGGGACCACUCUGGUACUUUGAGGAGGAGCCAGUCUGACAGAACUGAAUACAACCAGAAAUUACAAGAAAAGAUGACUCCACAGGCUGAGUGUUCUGCAACUGAGAUGCCAACCCCAGAAGAGGAGCAUCAGAGAAGGAAGAUGAUGGCAAAGCGGGCAAAAAUCAUCAAGGAGUUAAUACAGACAGAAAAGGAUUAUCUCAAUGAUUUGGAGCUGUGUGUUCGGGAAGUGGUUCAGCCCCUGAGAAACAAACAGAUUGACAGGCUGGAUGUGGAGAGUUUGUUUAGCAACAUUGAAUCUGUGCAUCAGAUAUCAGCCAAGCUGCUGUCCUUGUUGGAAGAGGCCACAACUGAUGUGGAACCAGCCACACAAGUAAUCGGAGAGGUAUUCUUGCAGAUUAAGGAGCCGCUGGAAGAUAUAUAUAAAAUCUACUGCUAUCACCAUGAUGAAGCGCAUAGUGUGCUGGAGUCCUAUGAAAAGGAGGAAGAGCUGAAGCAACAUUUGAGCCACUGUAUCCAGUCCUUAAAGAAAAUAUAUGUGCAAGAAGGCAAAUCAAACUUAUUGGACAUGGGCUCUUUGAUGAUCAAACCAAUUCAGCGUGUGAUGAAAUAUCCCCUGUUACUGUGCGAACUCCGGAAUUCUACCCCUCCUUCUCACCCAGAUUACAGAGCAGUGGAGGAUGCCUUUGCCGCUGUGAAGGACAUUAAUGUGAACAUCAAUGAAUUUAAAAGAAGGAAAGAUUUAGUUCUAAAAUACAAGAAGAAUGAUGAGGAUGAAUCUCUUAAAGACAAAUUAUCCAAACUAAAUAUUCAUUCAAUUAGCAAGAAAUCAAAACGAGUGACAAAUCAUCUAAAGAUUCUGACCAGAGGAGAAUCACAGGUGAAAGAUAAUACCUUUAACAGAGAAGAAAAGCUGUUUAGAGCUUUAGAAAAGACUGUGAGGCACUGUGUAAAGAAUAUUUCAUUCUGUCUCCAACACAUACAGGAUGCCAUGCCUAUUUCUCUCCAGAGUGUGAGGGAGCUCCGGGAAAUUUCGUACAACAAAGAUGAGGAGGAGGUGGGCUAUUCAGAGACUCUGAGUAAUGCUCCAAAUCCCUGUCAUGACUUUGCAUCUCACUUGCAGAGACUCGUCCUGAACCCGCUGUCAGCCCUGCUGUCCUUAUUCCCAGGACCUCAGAAGCUCAUCCAGAAACGCUAUGACAAACUGUUAGACUACAAUAGCUACCUGCAGCGGUCAGCAGGAGAUGAGUCAGACUUGGCCAAAAAGGAAUAUGAAGCCCUCAAUGCCCAGCUGGUAGAAGAGCUUCAGGUGUUCAACCAGGCUGCCCGGAAGAUUCUGUUGAACUGUCUGUGUAAUCUCAUCACCCUCCUCAGGAACCUGAUGUAUGCAGCACAACAGGCUUAUUCCACAGUUGUGCCGGCACCAUUGUUGGUCUCAAGCAUCUCUGAGAUUCAGAAUCGAGUACUAGAAGAGGUUCACAAUCUGAAUUUUGUAAAGGACAAUAGUGCCACCUUUAUUGAGAGGAAACUCAGUUUUGAAAAGAAGAAGCCUGUGCCGGUUCUGCCAGAAGUGCCACGUCAAACUGACAUUCAUCGCUCCAAACUUCUGUCCACAUACAGUGCAGAGGAACUCUACCAAGCUAAGCGCAAGUGCAAUGCCACACAAGAAUAUGACAUCAACCUUUUGGAAGGAGAGUUGGUGGCUGUGAUGGAACAGAAAGAUCCACUGGGGAGUACUAGCAGGUGGCUCGUUGACACGGGAAUUGUAAAAGGAUAUGUGUAUUCCUCCUUCCUAAAACCGUACAAUCCAGCAAAAGUGCAGAAGGCUGAUGCUGAGAACAGGUUCUGUGACGAUGAUUUUGACAACAUCAGCCUCUUUGUGUCUUCUCGGCCAGCUAGUGACAGUGUCACAGGGACCCCAGAAGGCAGCAUAAGUGAUAGCAGCUCAUCUCUAAGUGGCACCUGUGGAAAGUUUGAAACAAACGGCACUGAUGUUGACAGCUUUCAAGAGGUAGAUGAGCAGAUUUUCUAUGCAGUUCAUGCUUUUCAAGCACGGAGUGACCAUGAACUCAGCCUUCAGGAGUACCAAAGAGUCCAUAUACUUAGAUUUUGUGAUCUAAGUGGGAAUAAAGAGUGGUGGUUAGCUGAAACUCAAGGACAGAAAGGAUAUGUGCCAGCUAACUACCUUGGGAAGAUGACUUAUGCUUAAGGAAAUAAAGCCUUUGACCUUCAUUUUCCUGGCAAAUUGAUGAUUGACUACCUCAUAAAACUGACAUUCUGAAACUUUGGGCCAGAAAGUAAGAAAGCUUCAAAUUCAUGAACUGAUACUGAACCAGGUUUUAAGGAAGACUAUAUUUCCUAACAGGAUUAUUUCAUGAAUGUGUUCAAUAAAUACAUGUUGAAGGAAAUACUAAGCCAACAGAAGAGCAAAGGAAAUAGCCCAAGCUCCAAUUAUAAACCAGCUAAAGGUGGAGAUCUAUUGAAAGAAUAAAUGUUGCUCUUUUAUCAUCAUGAAAGACUGGAUCUAAGAAUAAGGUUUUUCAGUUUACUGUAAUUUUUUCACUAUUAUAUAUUUUGCCUCAAACAUGUUUUUAUUUUUCAUACGACUCACUUGCAUAUACACGUUUAUAUAUACAUGUACAUCAUAUGGAUUAUGCAAUUUAGGCAACACUAUUAUUUUUUUUGUGCACAUGGUACUAGGGAUUGAACUGAGGCCCUUGAGCAUUCUAUGCAAAUACUGUACCACUGAGUUACAUUACCAGCCCAUGCAGUUUAUACACAUCUGUAUAAUACAGAUUAUACAAAUAUAAGUACAAACCAUAGCAUAUACUACAUAUACACAAUAAGAUUAAUAAACAGCCAACUAGAAAUCUUUGAUAUAGAAGCUUCCUCCAAUAUAGGUUUUCAACCCCAAGAAAAAACCCUGAAAAAUAUAUUAAUAUCUGAUAUUGAAUGUAUACUAUAGAAUACAUAUAGUUCUAAAUGCUAUAUAUAUAUAGUAACUAAUUUAAUACACAUUAAGAGGAAACCAUUGCCCAGGGAGGCGAAGUAAUUUAGCCCAAGUAAGCAGUAGGGGCUGGAAUUCAAACCUAGCAGUCUGAUUCUAAAGGUUCCUGCUGCUGACUGCUAUACUGUGCUUCUCCAGGAGUGUAUAUGUUUGUUAUCUGCAAAGCACUUAGUGAUGUGAAUAAUAUCCACUGAGGAGGACCAUUCUUCUCUUAUGACUGUAUUUAGUAUUUAAAAUUCUUUCAAAAUUAAGGGCUUAUAAGGACUUCCAUAUUACCCUAGAGAAAUUAAUUUUCUAGGUUUUAAUUUUUAUUGUUUUACUUAACUAUUUUUGAAAGUAUAGUGGUUUAAAACUUAUCUUUCAAGAUUUAUAAUGACACUUUAAUGAGGAAAUGUUUUUUUGAUCACUCAGUUAUUUGGAUGAUGAAUGAGGAAUGUGUGUUCCAUGUUCUGAGCCAAAAUGUAAAUAUUUUUAGUUGCUAAUUUGUUCUUAUAUGAGGCAGGCACUGAGGACAACAUUUGCUAUGACAUAAUGUCCUAGGACACCAAACUUUGAGUAUUGCUCAGAAAACGGUCCUCCAAGAUUUCAGGCAUAUUUUGUCAAGACAGUUUAUUGAACUAAGAUGAUUCUUUGGAACAGAAAAGAUUAAAUUUGAUGUUAGUGAUUUCCUGUAAAAGCAAAUUAAGGUGGUUUUUCACUGUCCAUAUAAAAUGUGUUCAUAUGACAUUAAAUAUUAAGAUUGGACUGUUACUUUAAAAGAUUUAUUUGAACUGUAUAAUGUUACAUAUACUAUUGAGGACUACAUUAAGCAAAAUGAAGAGCACUACUUUUCAGAGACAUUUGACUUAAACACACACACACACACAUUCAUACACACUGAUAUGUACAACCACAGGAAAUCAUGAAAUAUUUACAUGACAGGAACAUUUGUAUUUUAAGAUAUUUUCCCUAAAAUCAUUAAUCUAAACAUGGCUUUCCAAUUUUUUUGGCUUAUUUUCUUGUUUUAAGUUGGAAAUAGAAGAUAUAUAG